CAUGAGUGCGGAGAACCCAGACGUGACAUAAGAUCGUGGGCCGACUUGCCGGUUAAAUAUACUCGCCGUAUCGGACGGGAGAUCCGCAUACCCGAAUGGAAUAUGUACGGCCGGAGAAAUUUCUACUGUCAAGACGAAGCACAAUGGCACCCGAGUACGCGGGACCAAGAAUCUAUAAAAUGGGUCACGACGCCGGCCCCCCUUCCGAUCUCGAAAGUAGAGCACCAGGGUCGUCCCUCUCCUUCACACGAUGAGACUGCCAAAUCUGAUAUCGACGCUGAGCUUUCUCGUGGCCAUUGGGCCCGUAGUUUCGGCUGCCGCUCCAGUGAGUCCGAGGAACUCGACUUAUUAUAACCCGAUCCUGCCCGGCUGGCACUCGGACCCGUCAUGCGCGCAAGUCAACGGGACAUUCUACUGCGUGACGUCGACAUUCAUCUCGUUUCCAGGCCUACCAAUCUACGCUUCCAAGGAUCUGGUCAACUGGAAAAUGGUCAGCCACGCGUGGAAUCGCGAAAGUCAGCUACCAGGCGCCAGCGCCCGCUCGACGGCGCAGCAAGUAGGCAUGUUCGCCGCGACCCUACGAUACCAUGAGGGCCUAUUCUACGUUAUAUGCGAGUACCUCGGCGUUUCGGCGCGCAAUCUGGGCGUAGUCUUCACCUCGACGGACCCGUUCGACGACCGCGCCUGGUCCGACCCAGUGACGUUUGAAUCGGACUUCAUCGACCCGGACCUCUUCUGGGACGACGACGGGAAAGCCUAUGUCGCGACGCAGGGGAUAGUGCUGCAGGAGAUCAACCUCGCGACGGGCGAGCUCAGCCAACCGCCCAUCAGCCUCUGGAACGGCACGGGGGGCGUCUGGCCAGAGGGCCCGCAUCUGUACAGGAAGGACGGAUGGUACUAUCUCAUGAUCGCGGAAGGCGGGACAGCGACGGACCACUCGAUCACGAUCGCGCGCUCGCGGAAUCUGAAGGGUCCGUACGCAGCGUACGAGAACAACCCGAUUCUGACGAACCGCGGCACAGAUGAAUAUUUCCAGACCGUCGGCCACGGGGACUUAUUCCAGGACGAAGCGGGGAAUUGGUGGGGUGUAGCUCUGGCGACGCGCUCGGGGCCGGAAUGGGAGAUCUACCCCAUGGGUCGCGAAACGGUGCUGUUUCCCGUGACAUGGGACGAGGACGAGUGGCCCGUCCUACAGCCCGUCAGGGGCAAAAUGAGCGGCUGGAGGCUGCCGCCUCCGACUAGGAAGGUCCCUGGGACUGGUCCCUUCAACACCGACGACGAUGUGUACGAUUUCAGGAAAGGCGAAGAAAUACCCCGUAACCUGGUAUACUGGCGCGUGCCGCCACAGGGCGUAAUUUCAAUUGCGGAGAAGGGCCUCCAGAUGAUCCCUACGCGGAACAAUCUCACUGGCACCCCGGAAUCCGCGACAACGCCUAAGUUGACGGGUCAAGCGGGUCUUUCGUUUAUCGGAAGGAGACAGACGCAUACGCUGUUCACAUUUAGCGUCGACGUGUCGUUUUCUCCGAGGGGUGUCGACCAAGAAGCUGGCGUCACGGUAUUCCUGACGCAGUUCGCGCACAUUGAUCUCGGCAUCGUGCUCCUCGCGCCAUCUGAUACAAGUAGCUCGAGCGAAGCGCCUCCUAAACCAGGGAAACCUGAACUAGCAUUCCGGUUCCGCGCCGAGGGCACGGGGACCCCGUCUGCGCCGAAGAUCGUGCCGGUUCCAUCGGUGUGGCGCCACGGGAAGAUUAGAUUGCAAAUCGAGACGCUAAAUGCGACGCAUUACAGUCUGUUAGCUAUGUCUGCUGAUAAUCCCAGGGCGAAGCUGACGAUCGGCACGGCGUCUGCGGGCCUCGUGAGCGGUGGGAGCGGAUCUUUCGUCGGCAGUCUUGUGGGUGCUUAUGCUACCUGCAAUGGAGCUGGGUCGGGACACGCUUGUCCUGAGGGCGGCAACGCGUAUUUUAGUCGUUGGAGGUAUAGGGGUGAGGCGCAGUAUAUAUCUGCUACGGAGAGCGUCCGAUUUUAGCACUGGGUAGUAUGCUUGGUGUUAUGAGAAUACGAGGACGCGAGACCGUAAACAGAUUGACAAGGAAAGAAUGAAAAUAUCAUUUCUUUCAAGAGUCACUCAUUAUCAUUAAUCUAUCCCAAAUC